CAAGACCCGGACAAUGCUUCAGAAAUCGCUAAUCCUGCUGAACUUGAUCUAGAACGGUCGAUUGAAAGUUUGCUAGCUGACGAUUCUGACGAUGUCACAGAUGAUACGUUUGAAGAAUCGUUCAGUGAUCAAUGUGAUAUUGCAAAGGAAUUGAAAAACAAAGAGGAAAAACAAGCCAGUAUAGAUUCCGAAACCAGUACAAAGCACGAUGAAACGAACACGAAGUCAAAAAAUUUGCAUGAAGAGUCCAUCGGUCUAUAUACGGUGACAAAGUCUGGCAAUCUGCAAACAAAGUCAACAAAUAGGCAUAAUCCCUUGGGAAGUAGUGCCAGCUGUAAUCGCGACUCCGCCGAGAUUAGUCGACUGAAUUCGAAACUGGACAGAUUUUCUGAAAACGUGACAAACAAAUUACAAAAUCUCAGCGUCGAGAUAAACAACAUUAAAGAGAACAAACCCUACUCUAUUUUGGUUUUAGAAAACGUAGUCAAUGAUCUAAAGGAAGAUAAGCUUGUGCUAAUUAGAAAGAACGACGAACUCAGGGAACAAAACAUGGAUAUGUCUCAUAUUAUAUCUGAUUUGAAAAUGGCAAACAAGAAUCUGGAAAGCGAAAAGAGCAGCCUGUUGACAGCUCUUAAAUUAAUACAAAAUGACCACCAACAAAGGUGCACGAAAACAAUUGUGGAAAAUGACGGCGAGAAUAAUGUGGAAUUGGUUUGCGAAACAAUAGAGGGAAGUGAAGUCAUUCAAUCAAAACCUUCAUCUAAUCAGCCCGCAAACGAUAAGCAUCUUAACACCGAAGCUAGUACUGGGAAAAAUCGUAAAAAGAAGGGAAAGAAAUCUAA